AUGCUAAAAAGGUCCUUAGUAUCAAAAAGUUUGCGGUUUGCAAAUGUUAGGACUUUUUCUCCAUUUGUAAACAAACGAUUUGCUUCUGAGCCUGGAUUCUCACCAGAGAAGCAAUCAAAGUCCAGCCCGGAAGAGAACAAAGGAAAAGAAGGAAAAAGUUCAUUAGCGAAAGAAUUACUUGAAUUGAAUGGGGUAAAUGAGGAUCCCUAUGCCGGUAGUAGUGACAAGGGUCCCGAAUAUGUAAGCUCAACUAUGCAGCGCCGUGAAAAACAGGCUCGCUAUGCGUUUUGGGGCUUUAUGGGUGUGCUCGGCGGUGGCAUACUUUAUUAUGGCCGCAAGUAUGCCGAGGAUGAAAAGGACAUGGAAAAGAAAUUCCCCGCUUCUGGCUACUCACCCGUAGAUUGGUGGACUCGUGUGAAAGCACGCUCUAAGAACUUCUUUGCCUACUACCAAGAACCAGCCUUUGAAAAGCUUCUUCCUGACCCUCUCCCUGAACCCUAUAAUCGUCCCUACACACUUGUCUUAGACUUGGACGAUUUGUUGAUUCACGCUGGUUGGACUCGUGAACACGGUUGGCGUACCGCUAAGCGUCCUGGCCUUGAUUAUUUCUUGGGCUAUUUGUCCAUGUAUUAUGAAAUUGUCAUCUUCACCAACCAAUAUUUGGCAACGGCCAAGCCCAUUAUCGACAAGUUGGAUCCUUAUCAUGUUAGCGUCAGCGCUGUCUUGACUCGCGAACACAGCAAGUAUGAAGAUGGAAAAUUAAUCAAGGAUCUUUCUUACCUGAACCGACCUCUUUCGAAGGUCAUCAUGGUCGACACAAACCCUGAUGCUUAUUCAAAGCAACCUGACAAUGCGGUUUCCAUGAUUCCUUGGAAAGGUAACCCCAAAGAUCGCGAAUUAGUUGGCUUGAUUCCUUUGCUGGAAUUUAUUGCGAUUAUGGAUAUUCAAGAUGUCCGUCCUGUCUUGAAAAGCUAUCAAGGCAAAAACAUUCCUCUUGAAUAUGCUCGCCGUGAAGAACGACUUCGCAGCCAACUCAUUGCCGAUUGGCUUGAAAAGAAAAAGCAUGCGAAGUCUUCCUUGUUUGGAGGUCGUCCGGUUUCUGAGCAGCCACCCAAACUUUUGAUUGACAUUCAACGUGAACGCCAAAAAGCUGCCUAUGGCGAAUUCAAGAAAUAUAUUGAUGAACAUGGACCAAAAAUGCUCGAAGAAGAAAAGGCUAGAGAAGCUGAACAGAAAUACAGCAUGUUUGAUAUGAUCUUCAAUGGUGAUAAAAUCCAGCAACAACAAUUAGAGCAACUUCAGCAAGCGCAAUCUGGUUCCGCUACUGGAUCAUCCAAUUGA